UGUUUCGCUAUAACUUGCAUAUACAGUUACAGAGAAAUACAUAUACUAUAGCCUCUCCCUUAAUUCACGGCCAUGUCGACUCGAGAUUGAACCUCUAGCUGUAAAUCCACGCUCUCAUUUCCCCAAUCCCCUUCUUCUCCCCUUUUCCCAAUUCUCCUUCUCAGCAAUGAAAGCUCUGGACCUCCAAAACCCACCUCCGAAACAGAGACCCACACCUCCCCACCCAUCAGGUAAUGGUUUUGUGGAGAGAAUUGGACUGCAAUUGCUCUUGUUUGCUGGACUCAGCUUCGUUUUGUGAAUGGUGUUAGUUCAAUCUUUGUGAUUAUUGCAUGAUUUUUUGUAUAUAGUGGGAUUCUUUUCUCUGUAUAAAUCUGUGAUUGAUAGGGGUUUUGGUUUGGGGAUUGGAUCAUAGAGGAAUAGUAGUAUACGGAAUUUAUAGGCAAUGAAGUGCUGGAGUUGAAGGUUGUGUAUGUUUUUUUUUGUAUGAAUUGUUGUUUUUACGCUUCCGUUUAGUUUGUCAAUUUGUAGAGAGAGGUAUAGCAGUUCAGGCAUGCAGCUAAGUAGGUCUGAGAACUUGCUUGGUACCAUGACCGGUGAGGUGUCAUGCUCAUCAGGUCAAUGGAUCCAGCAAGAGUCGACCCCAGUUGUCCAGAAUAUGGGAAAGAAUGCGCGCAGAAAUGUCUCUGUGCAGACGGGGGAGGAGUUUUCCUUGGAGUUUCUUCAGGAUUGUGGUGCGGUGAGAAGAGUUCCUUCUGCACCUGAUACAGUUCUGAAUUGUGAAAAGGGGGCUGGAUUGAAUUAUAAUCAGAAUUCUACAGUGGCAUAUCAGGAUCUUAGUGGUAUUUUGGGGUUGAAGAGAAUGGAGUCUGAGUGUGCAUCUGACACAUCUGGGUUUGUUGCGGCAAAUGGGUCAUGUAAAGAGAUUGAAAAUGAGGCUCAUGUUGAUAAGCUAAGCAUACACAGCGUGAAGGAGGUUGAUGGUGGAGAAGGAUCAAGGAAGGCUGUUGGAGAACUAAAUUGUGAUCGAGCUGGUUUUCGGCCAACUGCUCCACCUGUGAACGUGUCUGAGUCUCCUCAUUCUAACAACUUUAAUCGGUCAGGAGUGUUGCAUGGUUCUCAGUCUGGGAAGAUGAAAUUUCUUUGCAGUUUUGGUGGAAAGAUUUUACCCAGGCCUAGUGAUGGGAAACUCAGAUAUGUUGGGGGAGAGACGCGUUUUAUUUCUAUUAGGAAUGGUGUUUCAUGGGAAGAGCUUGUGAAGAAAACUUCCGGUUUUUGCAGCCAGCCUCAUGUGAUAAAAUACCAGCUUCCAAAUGAGGAUCUUGAUGCUCUUAUAUCUGUGUCAUCUGAUGAAGAUCUUCAAAAUAUGAUAGAGGAGUAUCAUGGGCUUGAAAGGCAUGAGAGUUCUCAGAGGCCACGGGUCUUUUUGAUUCCUCUGGGUGAGUCUGAAAAUUGUUCCAUUGAGGUUGACACCAUACAUUCGAGUAACCCUGAUUACCAAUAUGUUGCUGCUGUAAAUGAUUUGGUAGAUCCAAGUUCUAGGAAAACUAGUGGAGGACAGAAUUUGAGUAGUGAAGCAAGUCAACAGGGAACAAAGACUUUGGUAUUCCAUAAGGAGAUUCAGAGUAAUUUUAAAGCCUUGCAUCAUAGUCAAAUUUUGAGUGAGUCCCAGAAUAUGACUGGGUCUUCAAUUCAAUCACCUCUUUCUCCUAUUCCACAUCAACAAGCUGAUGAUAGGCAAUGGGGCCAAUCUCAUGGAGGGCAUUGUCACAACCACAAUCACAGCAAAACUGUGGUGUCUACUUCAGCUGUUGGCCAAAACUUUGGUGACUUUGAUGGGUUCUCCCGCGAGAUGCCAGUGCAUAAGGAAAGUAGAUUUCUUUCCGACAAGCCUGUCUCACAGCCAGAAGAUCUAAUAGCUCAGUUGUCAGGUUCCAUUGGUUGUCAUCAUGGCAUGCCACAUGCACUUUCUGAUUCAAAACUACAAGAGAAUGGAGGGAGGUCUGCAUACUGUUCUCAAGAAGGAAUGAACUUAUCACACUCCUUAAACUUUGCAAACACUCAAUUGUUAUCAUUCCAGAACUCAGGAAUUGCACAAGAAAAGCCAACCCAACUGCAUGAAAACAGUGACCCUUUCAAUCCUUGGGUACAAAACAAGUUAGAGGAUAUUGAGUCGGUAGGACUGCAGAGAAGACUGGAUUUGCCAAAUUCUUCUCCAUGUUUAGAAUCAUUGGGCAGGAAUGAACAUACUCAGAACGGUUCUGGUGACGUUCAUGACAAAUUCCGAACAGCUAUAAAGAAAGAUUCUAUGACUUUGGAACUCCCAAAUAAGUUGAACGAAAAGGAUAUUUUCUUGCAUCAUGAUGACACCCUUUAUGGGGAAAUAUCACCUGUCACUGGGGUGGAAUGUCCGAAGAGAUUGCCUAAUAUAAACCCCAAUAUAACAUCUACUUUUGCCUCUGGGGUUGUGGUUCCUGCAGCCAGUGAUUUCAUACCUUUGGUAGAUAAUACAGUGCAUGACCCCAAGAACUUCCAACUUGGCAAAACCCCUGCCAGUCUUCUUGUCACGAGUGAAGCAACUGCCAAUGACCAGGAUUGUGCUUUAACAGGGAUGGUAAAUGUUGAACAAGGACAUGCUGUUUCAGCGGCUAAGAAUCCUGAAGUUUCAGGCCGAUUUCCAAGCACUAGAGAACACUCCUGUGAUGGACGUUCUUUGGGUGAUCUAAUCUCAGGGUUGUCCAAUGGACCAAUUUCCCAUGAACCUGUACAUCCACAAUUUGUUGCAAGUCAACAUGAUAUAGGUUUCCAAGAACCCCUGCUCACAAGCUCUGCAAAUUUUUACCCAUCAACAGUUCUUGAUGAUCUUGAGUUCCAAAAGAGUGAUCAUAUGGUGUUGCAGAAGCCAAUCCAAAAUGCUGCUUUUAAGAGAGAAGUAUCCCUCCUUGAUGAUGAUUUUGUGUGUUAUCCUGCUACCAGUGUUGAGAAUUUGAGCUUGAAUGGCGAAAAUGUCUCUUUGGCACAAACACAAGCCCAAACAAUGAGUAAUCAUAAGGGACAGUUGGAUACAGUAAUAACUGCGGAAGAUGUAAACAGUGGUGUUACUCCUGGCAUUCAGUCUUUAUUCGUGGUGUCCCCAUAUGUUGUUGACGAAUCCAUUGGUGAUCUCAUAUCCCCAACUGCAACAGAGGUGGAGAGCAUCAUUCAAGAGUCUGAGUUUGAGGAUGGUAAGGGUGAUAUGGGAGACAAGAAUGAUUCAUUUAGUGAUGCAAUGAUAGUUGAAAUGGAAGCCACCCUCUAUGGUUUGCAGAUCAUUAGAAAUGCUGAUCUUGAAGAACUACGGGAAUUGGGAUCUGGUACAUAUGGAACUGUUUAUCACGGAAAAUGGCGGGGAUCGGAUGUUGCUAUUAAGAGAAUUAAAAAGGGCUGCUUUGCAGGGAGAUCAUCAGGGAAAGAUCAAUUGACAAAAGACUUUUGGAGAGAGGCACAGAUCCUUUCAAAUCUUCAUCAUCCAAAUGUGGUUGCAUUUUAUGGGAUAGUACCUGAUGGAGCAGGAGGAACAUUAGCAACUGUAGCUGAAUAUAUGGUGAAUGGAUCCCUUAGGCAUGCCCUACUGAAGAAGAAUAGAUCACUUGACCGGCGUAAAAAGCUUAUAAUUGCUAUGGAUGCAGCUUUUGGCAUGGAAUACUUGCAUUCAAAGAAUAUUGUCCAUUUUGAUUUGAAGUGUGAUAAUUUGCUAGUCAACUUGAGGGAUCCUCAACGACCUAUAUGUAAGGUUGGAGAUUUUGGAUUAUCAAGAAUCAAACGCAAUACUUUGGUAUCUGGUGGUGUGCGAGGAACACUUCCAUGGAUGGCACCAGAAUUGUUGAACGGUAGCAGCAGCCGGGUCUCUGAGAAGGUUGAUGUUUUCUCAUUUGGAAUUUCAAUGUGGGAGAUCUUGACUGGAGAGGAACCGUAUGCAAAUAUGCAUUGUGGUGCCAUCAUUGGGGGAAUUGUAAAGAACACUCUUCGACCACCUAUUCCAGAGCGAUGUGAUUCUGAGUGGAGGACGCUAAUGGAAGAGUGCUGGUCACCUGAUCCAGAAAGUCGGCCGUCAUUUACUGAGAUAACUAACAAGUUGCGAGCUAUGUCCAACACACUUCAGGGAAAGGCUUCUGGUACGUAAUCAGACAAGACUAUGAAGCUUAAUAUCUUUACAUGAAUGAACAGCAUUUGCAUGCACAGUUGACAUUCUUCAGGUACGAGGAUCAUCUAGUAUUGCUCCAAUGAAAACCCUUCUCUUUGAGUACGAAAACUUUGAGGGUUGGUUUGUCCCCAACAUUUGAUGGUCUUUGUUGAUAAACAGAUCUUAUUGUUUUAUUCUUUUGUAAAAAACACCUGGUGACACCAGCAUGCGAGCAAGAGACCCUCUCCAAUAUUCUGCUCAAGACACGGCUUUGUCAAUAUGUAUAUACACAGAAAAGCAUAGAGCUUUGUUUGGCUUAUCUAGAUACAAAUGAGUGAACUGCGAAGUUAAUCUGGUACACUUUACCAAUAUGUACAUAUCGAGUUUUUUUGGCCGACUGUAAUUUCUUUGUUACUUUUUAUGGCUUAAUUUUGUUUUUAUUAUUA